CUUCACGGACGGCUGUUGCUCUUGAUACGUGAAGCUGUGCACCAGCCAUAAGCAAGUCGAUGACCGUCAGCUUCAAGCUCUCUCCAGUGUGGUUCCUUUACAACUGACCAAGAUGAACGGCCCGUUGGAAAAGAACUCCUCCUCGGUGAGGAAGCGCAUUGAAAAUCAUGUCUUUGAGGAUGAGGACGGCGAUGAGUAUGAAGGCAGUGAAUUCAAUGGGUUUGGCGACUACUUUCGUCGAAAGAAGAUCAAACUUCAGAAUUUGGAUGCCGAGAUACGCGCUUCGUCUGACAAGCCGCCUAUCUUUAAAGGGAUCGUUGCCCAUGUUAACGGCUACACUCAGCCGCCCCUUCAUGUACUUCACCACGAUAUUGUGCAGCACGGUGGUGGCUUUCUUCAAUAUCUCGACUCAAAAACCAUGGCUACUCACAUCAUAACAGCCAAUUUAACGCUAAAGAAAGCUGCUGAGUUUAGCCGGUACAGAAUCGUGAAGCCUGCAUGGAUUGUUGACUCAAUAAAAGCUGGCAAGCUUCUACCAUGGACUGAUUACCGAGUAAUAACUGAAAGCCCUAGCCAGAAAGUCUUGAUGUUCGGUAGCAGCGGUGGACUUACCCAAACCAGCCCCUCCCCCGUAAGGCGCAGUUACAAAGAGCAGACAGAGAAUAGCUUUUAUACAGAUCAGAUAAAAGCUGAAUCACAAAGCGAAUUGACGAGCCAGCUCAUGGAUAAAUCUGUUUUACCUAGCCGACGACAGGCCGAGAGAUCCGACGACAUACUUCCAAACGCAAGUGGACUGGUGGCCUCCAAGCCAGGGGAUGACAUGGACUAUUCUGCAGGUGACAAUACGAAAAGCAAGGUCGAACUUAAGGCGCAAUUGGUACCCGACUCUGCUAGCUUGGUAGAUCCAUCGAAAAUAUCUCCCAAGCAUAUGACCUCGGAAGAGCACAAUGCUUGGUUACUCUCGGAUCCGAAGAUAAGACAAGCUUCCACAGCCAAUCCUGACUUUUUGAAGCAGUUCUACUCCGAAAGCAGGCUCCACCAUCUCUCAACUUGGAAGGCCAGUUUAAAGUCAUCGAUGCAACGCUUAGCGUCCGAAAAGGGGUUGUCAAACCAGAAGAAGACAAGACGACCUGGCUCGAGAAGGUACAUUAUGCAUGUAGACUUUGAUAGCUUCUUCUGUGCAGUCUCUUUAAAGCGGCAUCCUGAAUGUUUGGACAAGCCAUGCGUUGUCGCUCACAGCACAGGAUCUGGUUCAGAAAUUGCAAGCUGCAAUUAUGUCGCUCGAGAAUUUGGCGUUAAGAAUGGCAUGUGGAUGAAAAGAGCUCUUGAGUUGUGCCCUGACUUGAAAGUCUUGCCAUAUGAUUUUCCUGCAUACGAAGAAGUGAGUCGCCAAUUUUAUGGCGCUAUCAUCAGUGUUGGUGGCAUUGUCCAAAGUGUAAGCGUCGACGAGGCAUUGGUUGAUGCCACUGAUAUCGUCCUUAAGGCGGCUGAAUCUCAUGGCCUCGGCGUUGAAGAGGGCAGCCUUUGGAAGGAGGAGCAAAAAGCCGACGAGAUUGCGUUGAGCUUGCGCAAUCAAAUCAAAGAAGAAACUGGCUGUGCCGUUUCAGUUGGUAUCGGCGCAAAUAUCCUGCAAGCAAAAGUCGCCUUGAGAAAAGCCAAGCCUGCCGGCCAGUUUCAUUUAAAACCAGACCAAGUCUUGGACAUCAUUGGGGACCUGAAAGUUGAGCAGCUUCCAGGCGUCGCGUAUAGCAUCGGCGGGAAACUCGAAGAUCUAGGAGUUAAAUUUGUCAAAGACCUUAGAGACGUCCCAAAGGAUCGUCUCGUUUCAGUACUGGGGCCUAAGACGAGUGAUAAACUUCAUGACUAUGCUCGUGGUAUUGAUCGAUCGGAGGUUGGGGAACAGCCUCCUCGGAAGUCAGUGUCAGCAGAGGUGAGCUGGGGAAUCCGCUUCAUUAGUCAAGCAGAAGCAGAAGAGUUCGUCUAUAACCUCUGCAAAGAAUUGGAAAAGAGGCUGGUGAAUGAGCACGUCAAAGGAAAGAAUCUCACAAUGAAGAUUAUGAGACGCGCUCUUGAUGCGCCUCUGGAUCCAACAAAACAUCUAGGUCACGGAAAAUGCGACUCAUUUAAUAAGAGUGCAUCUUUUGGCGUUGCAACACAUGACUAUCAAACCAUUGGCAAAGAAGCAGUUUCAAUAUUACGCUCAUUUCGGUUCAGUCCUGGAGAUCUUCGAGGAAUUGGCGUCCAAAUGACAAAACUAGAGCCCAUCAAAUUGAAUCCCCUGGCUAUAGAAGGAAGCCAAAGGAAGAUAGCCUUUGCCCCGUUCGUUGAGCCAUCUCCUCUACAGAACCAAUUGAGAGCAGACCUUCUUGAUGGAUUAGAAGGGUUAGAAAGUUCGAGGAAAAGGCCGAUUUCUGAGUUGGAGUCCAAGUCACUGACAAAUGAUCUUGCAACACCUCGAAAACACAAAUCUCAUAAUAUAAGCGCGAUUGCUCAUCUAAACGCAUCUAGCACGCAGUUCCUUUUGCCGAGCAGCCCUGACCCUGCGGUAUUGGCUGAAUUACCAGGCGACAUCCGCACCAAGCUUAUGGCCCAACGUCCCAAGGCAGUGGCUGCCGAAUCCAACAUAGAGGCUCGCAAGUCAAGAUCCAAUAGCCCAAUGCUAGCGGAUCUACUCUCCUCUCAAGUUGAUUUGGAAGUGUUUGAUGCACUACCAGAAGAUAUGAAAGCGGAAGUAUUGGCGUUAUAUGGACGAAAACCGACUGAGCCUCCACAGCCCCGGCCUUCACCAAGGAAAUCCGAAAUGACUCAGUCCAGAAGGCCUACAACUCCAACGAAGGCUAGUGGGGUCGGUAUGUUUAGCAAGGCCCAACGCCAGCGAGAUGCCCAAGAAGGAAUGAUUCAAACCAACUUUCGGCCUCCAGUGCCAGCGGAAGAUGCUCAACCGGAAGAAAUCGAAGAACUGGAUCCGGAAUUCCUUGCAGAACUGCCUGAGGACGUCAGGAGAGAAGUAAUUGCAGAUCAUAGAAGGCGGCUGUUGGCGCUACAGUCAGGACUAGAGAUACCGUUUUCAAAAAUCCACCAAGAAACAAGUGUACUGCCUGGAGGCCAAAAAACGAUCCAGUUUCCAAUGCUGCCGCCAGUUAUAUCGUUCUCUGGCUCUAUCACUUCUUUGCCAGAGAUCAAGGACAUGGUAGAUGCAUGGCACUCCCAAACUAGAAAGGCGGGACCGCAUAAGAGAGACGUUGACGUUUUGGAAAGAUAUUUGGUCAAAGUAAUCAAAGAAGAACGCGAUCUGAGUAAGGCUGUUGCUUUGAUUAAAUGGUUAAGCGUGGUGGUUGAUCAGGAUGGGGUUGAUAGUAGAGGCCGUCGGGCUUGGAAACUGGCUGUCAGCGGCAUUAAGGUGGCCAUGCAAGCCGCAGUUGAGGAUAGAGGAUCGGUUAUAGGGGUAACCCAAUUCAUUAAUGAUUUGAGCGAUUCUUCUAAAACUCGGCUUCCUAGUUGUAUCUAG